AUGGAUGCAUCUGUGGAGCCAGAAUCGGAAUCCACAACCGUUUUGCUUGAUCAGGAAAUGGAAACAGUGAAUGGUUGCAUUGUUUACACUCGAGUCAAAAGAUCUCUCAAUCCGUGUAUUAGUAUUUCCGAGGAUGUUGAUUGCAAGAAAUUCAGGGAAGAUGCGGAGGUGCCGAUUGAAUCGGAUAACGGAGUCGGCGAGUGCGGUGAUGAGACUACGUUCAAGCGGAUUACAAGAUCUGCUAUGAAAGCGAAAGCUGAGAAUUUCAAGCGGAUUACACGAUCUGCUAUGAAAGUGAAAAUUGAGUCCGGUGGGAAGAAGGUGUCUGUGUUAGAACAAAGAGGUGCUGCCGUUGUAAGUGGUAAAGGCGUUGGUGUGGUGCCAGUGAGAAAUUUGAAGCGGUUUUCACGUUCGACUAAGAAAGAAAAGGCUGAAUCCUGUGAAGAUAAGGUGACUGUGGUAGAACAACAAGGUGCUGUAGUUGUUAGUGGCAAGAGCAAUGGUGUGGUGCCAGUGAAAAAUUCGAAGCGGUAUACACGAUCAGCAUUGAAAGAAAAGGGUGAUUCCUGUGAAGAGAAUGUGACUGUGGUAGAACAACAUGGUGCUGCAGUUGUAAGUGCUAAAGGCGAUGGUUCGGUACCAGUGAAAAAUUUGAAGCGGUUUACGCGAUCAACAAUGAAAGAAAAGGGGGAGUCCUGUGAAGAGACGGGGAAUGUGGUAGAACAACAAGGUGCUGCAGUUGUAAGUGCUAAGCGAAUUAGAAGAUCGGCGGUGAAAGUGACGGCUGAAUCCGGUGAGGAGACAGUGACUGAGUUAGCACAGCAGGGUGCUGCCGUUGCAAAUGGUGAAAGUUCAGUGAGGAUGUUCAAGCGGAUUACACGAUCGGCUUCCAUGAAAGGAAAUCCUGAGUCCGGUGAGGAAACGGGGACCAAGUUAGAACAAAAAAGGGCUGCCAUUGUGGGUAAUAUCAAUGGUGUGUUAGCUGCUCCGAGAAACAAGAUGGAGUUGAAGAUGUCGAAGAAGAUCGUGGUUAAUAAGAAGCCUACAACAGUCAAAGAGCUCUUCCAUACCGGUUUACUUGAUGGCAUCUCCGUGGUUUACAUGGGCGGCCUUAAGAAGGCUCCAGGAUUAAGGGGUGUUAUAAGAAAUGGGGGAAUAUUGUGCUCGUGCUGUCUCUGUAAAGGAAGCAGGGUUAUUCCACCUUCCCAAUUCGAGAUCCAUGCUUGCAAACAAUAUAAGAGAUCAGUAGAGUAUAUAUGCCUUGAAAAUGGGAAGAGCCUGCUUGAUCUGUUGAGAGCGUGCAGGAGAGCUCCCCUGCAUGAUUUGGAGGCAACAAUUCAAAAUUUUGUUUGCUUUCCACCUGAGGAAAAAUAUUUUACUUGUAAAAGGUGCAAAGGAAGUUUCCCUUCUUCAUGUAUGGAAGGAGUGGGACCUAUAUGCUGUUCUUGUGUAGAAUCAUGUAAACCUGAAGAAAGUUCGAAGAAUGUAGUUGGCAAAAGAAUCAGGUCUCCUAGGCCAGUGCUGGUCUCCAAGUCAUCUUGUGCUUCUGAGCUGUCAAUUUCUUCAAAAAGUAAGAGACAUGGGAAGAAAAGAACAGAGUCAUCAAAAAGGGACAACAGCUCAAAUUCUUCCAAGAGUGCUUCUGUGCCUAUUCUACCCCGGAGGAAAAUUACUCCGACGAUGAAAAAGUCACUGUCCGUAAAGUUGAAGCCCACUUCAAAUUGUUUAUCUCCACAAAAUAAGAGUCAAUGGAAGAUAACUAAGAAGGAUUUUCGGUUGCACAAGUUAGUUUUUGAGGAAAAUGGAUUGCCUGAUGGAACUGAAGUAGCUUAUUAUGCAGGCGGACAGAAAUUGCUUGAAGGUUUCAAAAUGGGCUUCGGAAUUUUGUGUAGAUGCUGCAACACUGAGAUCAGCCCCUCACAGUUUGAGGUCCAUGCAGGCUGGGCUUCUCGCAAGAAACCUUAUGCAUACAUUUACACAUCAAACGGGGUGUCUCUCCAUGAAUUAUCAAUAUCUCUCUCCAAGGACCGAAAAUACUCUGCAAAUGACAAUGAUGAUUUAUGCAUUGUUUGUUGGGAUGGUGGAAAUCUGUUGCUUUGUGAUGGAUGCCCAAGAGCAUUUCAUAAAGAAUGUGCAUCUAUAUCAAGUAUUCCACGUGGUGACUGGUACUGUCAAUUUUGCCAAAACAUGUUCCAGAGGGAAAAGUUUGUCGCAUACAAUAACAAUGCUUUUGCUGCUGGAAGAGUCGAAGGAGUUGAUCCUAUUGAGCAAAUCACCAAGAGAUGCAUUCGCAUAGUCAAAGACAUUGAUGCUGAGCUUAGUGGGUGUGUUUUAUGCAGGGGUGUUGACUUCAGCAGGUCUGGUUUUGGUCCACGCACAAUAAUACUGUGUGAUCAGUGUGAAAAGGAGUAUCAUGUUGGCUGUUUGAGGGAUCACAAGAUGGCAUAUCUAGAGGAAUUGCCGAAAGGUAACUGGCUUUGUUGCAAUGAUUGCAAGAGAAUACAUUCUACUUUGGAGAAUGUUUUAGUUAGAGGGGCUGAGAGACUCCCUCAAUCUCUCUUGGCUGUUAUAAAGAAAAAGCAAGGAGAAAAAGGAUUGGAUCCCAUCAAUGAUAUUAGUGUGAGUUGGAGGCUUCUUAGUGGAAAAAAUGCUUCUCCUGAAACUAGACCAUUGCUUUUGGAGGCUGUCUCUAUCUUUCAUCAAUGCUUUGAUCCUAUAGUUGAUGCAGCCAGCGGACGUGACCUUAUUCGAGCAAUGGUUUAUGGAAAGAGUGUGCGGGGUCAAGAGUUUGGAGGAAUGCAUUGUGCAUUACUAAUAGUCAAUUCAUCUGUGGUAUCUGCGGGCAUGCUUCGAAUCUUCGGCACUGAUAUUGCUGAACUUCCUUUAGUUGCAACAAGUAACAGUCAUCAUGGGAAGGGCUACUUCCAGACACUCUUCUCCUGCAUUGAAAGGCUACUGGCUUUUAUGAAAGUAAAGAACCUUGUGCUACCAGCUGCAGAAGAAGCACUGUCCAUAUGGACAGAUAAAUUUGGGUUUAGCAAGAUAAAACCAGACGAGCUUACCAGCUACAGAAGGAACUGCAACCAAUUUGUGAACUUCAAAGGGACAAAUAUGCUUCAUAAAAUGGUGCCUACAUGUCGAAUCAUCAAUAAUCAACCCCCACCAAUUUUUAUUGAGAAUAAGUCAAUCAUGAAAGCGGAAACCUCCUAG